AAUUUUUUUCACUGCAGUAAUAUUUGUCUUACGAAAUUUUGUCCGGCAAUAAUAUUUAUUUAUGGUCUAUUAAAACGUGUUUGCCUAAUUUUACUAUUAUUUAUAAUGUUUUAAAUAAUAAGGUACAGUGAGAUAACUUUCAGUAUGGAGCUUACAUUCACAAAGGGACGGCACCACCGCACGCUGAUGUGCGUGUUGGUUGCGUGCAAUGUGGGCGCUCUCGUUACUGCAAUCAACCUUGUCAUAGGACUAAAUCCGGAGGACAGGAUCUCAGUGAAACGUGGUGCAGUGCUAACUGCUCUGGGAUUAGUGUACUUCGUAACACUCUUCGAAUUGUUCAACGUGGCCGCGCUGUUCACCGGCGCAGGGGCGCGCUUCCGACACAAGUACCGACUCAGCUGCGGAGAAGUCCUCGAUAUAUCCAACAAGUUAGUAUCAGCGGUGCAGGCCGCGUUCUCGUGCGCGACUGGCGCAAUAGUGUGCGCGUGGUCGUGCACGCGGGACUUCAUGCGCUCUUCACACUUUAUGUCCGAAGCGUACGCCUGGUUCGGAGCUGCCUACUUUUUCUACGAUAUUUGGUCCAUGUACACGGUUUACGUGCAUAUGACAACGAACAUAGACUAUUUCAAGACAAAGUUGAGACGUCCUUCCAAAUCGGAAGCGUCGCUAUCCUCGGGCGACGCGGUGGUCACGAAGCGACCGUCAUUUUUCACCUACUGCCGUCACGAGCCCGUCAUACUGAUGCAUCACCUGUUUAUCGGUGGUUUCGGAUUUCUUUUUAUCAUCUACCUGCGCGGCGGGCUUGGCGACUGCGCGUUCGGCUUCGUGUACCUGAUGGAGCUGUCGACGCCGCUGGUGUCGCUGCGCGGCGUGCUGUCCCGGCUGGGCUUGAAGCGCUCGCGCGCGUACGUCGUCAACGGGCUCGCCAUGCUGCUGGCCUUCCUCGCCUGCCGCGUGCUGGCGCUGCCCUACGCCUGCCUGCUCUACAGCCGCGCCGUGGGACUCGGCUACUUCGAUGUGAGCUACACCCCUUCACAGCUUAUUCCAGCAGAAUAUGCAGAGAACAUAGAUGACAUAGAGGCAUGGCAGGCACGUAUUGUUUCCGGUUGGGAGGCAAAACCGGGCCAACAUCCUCACCAAGUCUCCCUACGAAUGGUUGAUAUUCUGGGAGGUGUGGGAGGCUGCGGUGGCAAUGUUGUACAUAAAGAAUGGUUGAUUACAUCUGCUCAUUGUACUGCUUCCCGAAUUACAAUCGUGGUGCGGGCUGGCCUCGUUCACAUGACUCGUCCUGAAAUGUUUUUGGAGACUACAGAAUACUACAACUAUCCAACAUUUGAUGCGUUGAGGCCGAGUGACGUGCAGCCGAAUGACAUUUCGCUGGUCAAGCUUCAGCAACCAUUGCAAUAUAGCAGAAACUUGCGUCCAAUACGUAUUCAACCGUCGUCAGACAAUUACCGGAACUAUGACGAGGAGAUCGUUACCGCGAGUGGAUUUGGCCGUAUUUGGACAUUGGGUGCCCAAUCCCAGGAGCUUCGGUGGGUAUACCUUCGCGCUGUUAGUAACGCGGCUUGUGCAUCCAUCUUCGGGAACGUGUUGGUUACAGAAAACACCAUUUGUGCGAGAUUCUUCAAUGUAACGUCGCAAUCUAUUUGCCAGGGUGACAGCGGCGGCCCGUUAGUGCACGUGUCCCCUGACGGAGUGCCUUUCCUUGUCGGCGUAAGUUCAUUCGUCGCUGGUGGCUCUUUCGGUUGCCAUUCCGGAUUGCCAAGCGCUUUUAUACGUCCCGGACCUUUCCACUCAUGGUUUACGGAGAUUACUGGAAUAGAUUUCAAUAAUCUCAACGAGGAGGAAGACGAAGUUUCUACUCUUGUCCCUAGCACCUAUCCUGAUACUAGUCCUACUGACCUUCCUACCACCAUCGUUACAACUACCCCUAUUCCCGAAACCAUACCUACAAAUCCGCCUACUCAGUCUCCUACCACUUCCACGACAUAUCCUCCAACUACUACUUCAGAAGAGCCAACUAUUACUACUACAGAAGAGCCAACUACUACAGAAGAACCUGAAUCAGAUGAAGAUGACUCGGAGGAAAUAGAUGAUCCAGAACUAGCGGACCUGCUCAAGAGAUUAGAAGUUAAAGUUAAAGUGAAGGUCAAGUUAAGCAAAUACUUAAAAAAGAAA